CAGUCAGGCCCCGCCCAGCGGCCUGUGCUCCCGGGUAGAUGCCGGCUCACGUCCCGGCUUGGGUCCGGGCUCAGGUCCCAGUGCCCGGAGUCACAAGGCCGGUAGGUAGGGCCCCAGAGCCGGCGAGCCCCAUGGAGCCGCGCGCCGGGGACGGCAGCUUUUUGGGAGACGUGGGUUUCUGGGUGGAGCGCACCCCUGUGCAUGAGGCAGCUCAGCGGGGCGAAAGCCUUCAACUUCAGCAGCUGAUUGAGAGUGGAGCAUGUGUUAAUCAGGUCACCGUGGACUCCAUCACGCCCCUUCAUGCUGCCAGUCUGCAGGGCCAGGCCCAGUGCGUGCAGCUGCUGCUGGCAGCUGGUGCCCAGGAGGUGGAUGCGCGCAACAUUGAUGGCAGCACCCCUCUUUGUGACGCUUGUGCCUCAGGCAGCAUCGAGUGUGUGAAGCUCUUGCUAUCCUAUGGGGCGAAGGUCAACCCUCCUCUGUACACAGCAUCCCCGCUACACGAGGCCUGCAUGAGUGGGAGUUCUGAAUGUGUGCGACUUCUUAUUGAUGUUGGGGCCAAUCUGGAAGCUCACGAUUGCCAUUUCGGGACCCCCCUACAUGUUGCCUGUGCACGAGAGCAUUUGGACUGUGUCAAAGUGUUGCUCAAUGCAGGGGCCAAUGUGAACGCAGCGAAACUGCACGAGACCGCCCUUCAUCAUGCGGCCAAAGUAAAGAAUGUCGACCUCAUUGAGAUGCUCAUAGAGUUUGGAGGCAACAUCUACGCCCGGGACAACCGGGGAAAGAAGCCCUCGGACUACACGUGGAGCAGCAGCGCCCCGGCCAAGUGCUUUGAGUACUACGAAAAGACACCUCUUACGCUCUCCCAGCUCUGCAGGGUGAGCUUGAGGAAGGCCACUGGUGUUCGAGGGCUAGAGAAAGUCGCCAAGUUAAACAUCCCUCCACGGCUCAUCGACUACCUUUCCUAUAACUGAGCUGCAAGCAGGGGCUGGAUAGGCUGGUGACUUGCUGUGCCUAGCCUUGGGCCCUAAGGAGUUCUGCCUGUUUCUCUGAAACACUGUCGUUGCUAUAGAUAGAUUGACGCUGCGCUGUGUUCUCUUUGGCUGUCCUUUUGAUGUCUUCCUCUGAACCCUCGAGAAGAUCUCUGAAGCACCAGG